AUGUAAAAAACCCUAUUAAUAAAUAUAGAAGUAAAUGUGUUUGUAUAGCAUCAGAUCGAUAGAACAGACGACAAAUUCGUACAGUGGGAAGUGAUGCGUCGGUUGCUACUUGAGUUACGAGUCAGAUGCGUCUCUUCACGAAGAGAUGACUCCAUGAUUUUUUUGCAAAUACUACUUAAAUACCUUAAGAGUCUCUAUAUUAAAUACUACAGUAUAUGUCCUAAUCGUGCUAAUAGUUCAGUACUCCCAUUGGCCGGAUGGCGCUGUCCUUAUAAUUGCAGCUCCAAUCCCCCCACCCAGGCCCAGCACAAAGGGACCGAGCUCUCGCCAGUCGCCAUCCAAGAAUCUCCUUCCUCUCCUCCUCUCGCGUCCUGUCCAAGGAUCCGGCCGGCAAGGAUCUCCGGGGCGCGCGAGCAGCCAUGGCCGCGAACGGAGAGGAUUUCCGGGGCCCUCUCCUGCUUGGAGCGCGAGACGACGGAGCGGCCUGGUGGGGCCGUGACGACGCCGGCCCUCCGCGAGGCCGCCGGAGCAGCAGCCGCCCGUGGACGGCGCUGGCCAUCGCCGCGGCGCUCCUCGCCCUGGCGGGCGUCGUCUUCCUCCUCAGCUCCAGUAGCUACGGGGGCCGUCCCGGUCCCGGUCCCGGUCCCGGCGCCUCCCGCGCCGCCGCCGCCGCGCGGCGGAGCCCGCAGGAGGUGGAGUCCGCGGUGGGCGCGGCGGCGGCGGACGACGCGCGGUGCUCGGAGGUGGCCGCCGCGGCGCUGCGCGCGGGCGGGCACGCGGUGGACGCCGCCGUGGCCGCCGCGCUCUGCCUCGGCGUCGUGCACCCCAUGUCCAGCGGCAUGGGCGGCGGCGCCUUCGUCGUCGUCCGGGACGCCGCCGCCUCCGGCCAGGCCGUCGCCUUCGACGCCCGGGAGGCCGCGCCGGCCGCCGCCACGCCGGACAUGUACGCGGCGGACCCGGCGGCCAAGUACAGGGGCGCGCUGGCCGCGGGCGUCCCGGGCGAGCUGGCGGGGCUCCACGCCGCGUGGUCGCGGUACGGGCGGCUGCCGUGGCGGGACCUGGUGGCGCCGGCGAUCCGCCUCGCGCGCGACGGCUACGAGGUGGUCCCGUACCUGGCCCGCGCGCUGCAGGAGUGCGAGGGCGACGUGCUCGCGGACCCCGGCCUGCGCGCCGUGUUCGCGCCGGGAGGGCGCCGGGUGCUGGCGGCGGGGGAGACGUGCCGCAACCCGGCGCUGGCGGCCGCGCUGGAGCGCGUGGCGGAGGAGGGCGCCGCGGCGCUCUACGGCGGCGCCGUCGGGGAGGCCCUGGUCCGCGACGUCAGGGCGGCGGGCGGGGUCCUGACGGUGGACGACCUCAGAGGGUACAGGGUGGAGGUGGGCGCCGCCUUGCGAGCCGACGCCAUGGGGUUCACCUUCCUCGGCAUGCCGCCGCCGUCCAGCGGCACCCUCGGGAUGGCGCUGAUCCUGAACAUCCUGCAAGGGUACAGCUCGCUCGAGUUCUUGAAGGAGCUCCUUGGCAUCCACCGCGUCAUCGAGUCCAUCAAGCACAUGCUAGCCAUCCGGAUGGACCUCGGCGACCCCGACUUCGUGGACGUGACCAGCGACGUCGCCGAGAUGCUGUCCACGACAUUCGCCGACAAAGUCCGGCAGAGGAUCGUGGACAACACGACGUUCCCUCCCGGCUACUACUUCCCCAAGUGGAGCCAGCUGGACGACCACGGCACCAGCCACCUGUGCGUGGUGGACGGCGACCGGAACGCGGUGGCGAUGACGACGACCGUCAACGCAUACUUCGGCGCCAAGGUGCUGUCUCCGUCGACGGGCAUCGUGCUGAACGACGAGAUGGACGACUUCUCCGUCCCCGCGAAGCGCACGCCGGACCGCCUCCCGCCCGCGCCGGCCAACUUCAUAGCGCCCGGGAAGCGGCCCCUGUCCUCCAUGACGCCGCUGAUCAUACUCAAGGACGGUGAGCUCGCCGGCGUCCUCGGAGGCAGCGGGGGCACGAACAUCAUCGCCACGGUGGUCCAGGUGUUCGUGAACCACUUCAUCGUCGGCAUGGACCCUCUGGCGGCCGUCCAGCAUCCCAGGGUGUACCACAAGCUGAUCCCGAACGUCGUGACGUACGAGAACCAGACAGUGGGCGACGGCGAGGUGAUCGCGCUGGGCGGCGCGGCGAGGGCGUUCCUGGAGGAGAGGGGCCACCGGCUUCGCAGCACGGACUCGGGCGCCGUGUGCCAGUUCAUCGUGCACGAGCUGGCGGAGCCGCCGGCCGCGCCCGGACACGGCGUCUUCCGCGGGAGGCUCACCGCCGUGAGCGACCCCAGGAAGGGCGGCAGCCCUGCGGGGCUGUGAUUGUGAUGGAGGCUGGUGCGCGUGGAUAGUUGCGCCUUCCGAUCCAACUUUCGUGCGUGGAUCUCAUCUCCUCCCUGUAGAUAGAUAGAAAGAUUCAUAGACAUAUCAUGCAUUGUUUCCUGUCCAGCAUUCGCAUGGAGAGUAGACGAAAAGGACAUAUAUAAUUCAUCUCUUGUUUAUGUAUAUUGCCUAGAUGGGAAUCCAUCAAACUGCUUUCGUGAACUAGUGGACAUGCACGACCAGUGAAAGUUUCGAGAAACAAUAGUGAACAUUUGAGAGAAUUUAUAUGUAACAGGUGACGAGAUUUAAUAUAAUGUCUAUUUGCAACAAGAGUUCGCUGA